CUCACUCUCACUUCGCCUCUACCUCUGCAGUACCUCUCUUGCUCAUUUCUCCCUGCGCUGGCUGUGGAGACACACGCUUUCUGCUUUUCCGUCUGGCUGCUGGCUCUGCUCCAGCAUCACUCUGUGCCUCUCGUGUGCUCUCCUCCCCCUCCAGCCUAUGUCUCCCCCUGUGGGUAUUGCCAGCCAGCCUGCUUCCCUGGCUGCUGCUGCUGGAGCAUUGGAGCUGUCUGACACAAAACUGCAACGCUGCUACCGCUCUGCCUCGCUUCUCCUCUCUGCCUUUCGCCUCACACUCUCCUUUGCUGGAUAAUCACCACUGAGUCUGAAAGAGACAGCGACAGAGGACGGGAAGGGAGGGAGAGAGAAAGAGACCCUGCACUCUUUAUUCAACUGCUGCAUUCUUCAGUUUGUCUUUUCCUCUGCUUUUUUGGCCUGCUGGAGUGUAGCACAAGAAACAACUGGUUGGGAGAGAACUCCCUAAAGGAAUUUAUCCUUCUCUUUUUGCGCUCAUUCCUGGGACAGAGGAGAGGAGGAGAGAAGAGGGAGGGACUGAAAACAGGGCUUCAGCUGCAGUUCAGCUGUCCCACCUUGCUCCAGACACAUAAGACAAACACACACAAACAUAUUUGCAAAGAUUGGACACAGUUCAGGCUGACCAGACUGGAAAACGGGGACAGAUUGACAAAGACAUACACUGACAGACAGACAGACAGACAGACAGACACCUGGUGUCAUGGCGUCAGUGGACAGCACUGGUUCGAGUGUCUCUGGUCGGCUGAGAUCAGGGGAUUUACUUUACACUGGUCUGGCAGUUGCACUGCUGCUCGGUGUAUGGAGUGUUGGUGGACUGGAGGUCUCGACAGGUAAAGUGUCUCACCUUGAAGCAAUGAAUGGCUCUACAGUCCUGCUGCCCUGCACCUACUCCUCCUGUAUUGGCAUCAAAAACCUCUACUUCAGCUGGCACUAUAAUGACAAUGGGACCAUGAUCAAGUAUUGUGAAGCGGUGAUUCCCAUUGAGGGUGUGGAGCCCAAGGUCAGUGUGUACCAUGAGCGUGUGGAGUUUGUCGGCUCCUCAAAAAGCAACAACAUCUCCAUCCUGCUGUGGAACAUCACCUUUGAAGAUGAGGGAGAGUACAUCUGUUUCGCCAGGAACCCAAAAGAGAAGAACCGCAACCACAGUGCUAUCUACACUCUUAUAGUGGUGGACCAAAUGAGGGAGGUUGACAAUACUCUGACAGUUAUCAUUGUCUCAGUGCUGGGUGGAGUCAUUGGCUUAGUUAUCAUUGUCAUGGUGAUAAAGGCCUUGGUUGUUCACUUCCUGCUGAAGGAUGAUGAGAAGAACAAAGAGUGCCUGGUGAGCUCAGGGAAUGACAACACAGAAAAUGGACUUUCAGGAGCCAAAGCAGACAACAAAGGGACACCAAAGGCAUGAGCAAAAUGCAAAGUAUGUCCGUAUGUUUGUAUAUAUGUUAGACAAAUGUACACGCUCAGAGAAAAUGCUGUUAUCAGUGGACUGUUUUAUCUUACUAGCGGCUAACUAAUCCAACAUGUAAAUGUCUAUUUUAAAUCAUGCAGUGUGGAAUGUGCAUAGGCCUGGAUCACUUUCUCACCUACAUGGCAGCCCAUAUGUUACAGUGUGCAGCCUCCGUUAUUGAAAUCUGCUCUUAAAACUAACACUUCUUGUCUACAGUAGAGCCUCAAGGAAACGGUCUCUGCCUCCAAUUAUAUAUGCUUGUGGUUUCCAUACCGUCUUUACAUCAUCUUAGAAGAAAAACUUUGCACAAAGCAUAUGCUCAGUUGUUCUUUUCUAAAUAUAAAAUUUAAAUAAUCAACUGCCACUCAAAAAUACAAUUAACCAGUCUCAGUUGACAAGCUACCAGUAUGUUUGAUUAUUCCAUCCACAACUCAAAGUCAAACUUGGACCCAAACAAACCAACAAGUCCUCCAAACCAUACGACAUUAUAGUCCUGUCCUAAUAUCUAAACGACAGAACGUAACAGUCGCGGUUUUAAACACUAUUUAACAUUGUCAAACGGUCGUAGUUUGAUUACGUUUAGGCACAAAAACUACUUGGUUAGGUUUAGAAAAAGAUUGUGGUUUGGGUUAAAAUCAUCUGUUACGUUACUUAACUUCCAGUUAUGCAUGUGACGCAGAACAUGACAUAGUUCAGUUUGU